UGAACGAACUUAUGUCAAAAUCGUCAAAAGUCAAAACAACGAAAAGCGUGUUCCACAUGAUAAUCGAACACAAAUAUUGUAAAACUAUUAACAAAUAAGAGAUUGCAGUGACAAAAUAAUAUAGAAAGUAGUGUUUUAAGUCCAAUUCAUAAACGUAACACAAUAUGGCUCGCGGUAAAGACAAGAAAAAGCGUAAGUUGGAGAAGAAGCAAGAAGGUGACGAUGUCCCGAAGAAGAUUCCUCACACGCUGGAGUCUCUCCGAGAGAAGGAUGAGACUAUGCUGGCUAAUGUUGACGAUGAAGAAAAGUUAGAGGCACAAAAGGACAUGGAAUUAGAUGAACUGUCUUCCUACUAUGAGAAUUCGUAUGAACCUAAAGUACUGAUCACAUAUUCGGACAACCCACACAACAAGACUAGGAUAUUCGGCAAGGAGCUGUGUAGAAUGAUACCUAAUUCUAUAUCUAGGUAUAGGCAAAGAUCAUCAGUAAAGCGCAUAGUACAGUCUGCAAUCCGUGAGCAAGUGACAGAUGUGAUAGUAGUGAACGAGAAUCAAAAACAGCCCAACGGGUUCCUCCUGAUCCACUUACCGAACGGACCAACAGCACACUUCCGCCUCUCAAGCUGUAAGAUCACUCCAGAGUUAAGGAAAGAUUAUAAGGAAAUUACUACACAUAGACCUGAGGUAAUCCUGAACAACUUCAGCACCCGUCUCGGUCUGACGGUGGGUCGCAUGCUGGGCGCGUUGUUCCACUACGAGCCUCAGUUUCGCGGCCGCCGCGCCGUCACCUUCCACAACCAGCGCGACUACAUAUUCUUUAGGCAUCAUCGGUACGAAUUCACUUCAGACGGCAAGCGGGCGAAGCUUCGAGAACUAGGCCCACGCUUCACCCUGAAGCUGAUCUCCUUACAGCAAGGGACCUUCGACUCGAAGCGCGGAGACUACGAGUGGAUCAUCGCCGGCAGGAGGCACCAGCUCGAGACAUCCAGGAGGAAGUUCUUCUUAUAGUAUGUUCUAUGUCAUUGAGAAAGAAAUAAAGUAUUUUGUAAGACCUA